UUUUUCACUCACAGAUAGUACUUCUUUAUUUUUCCCCACGAAAAUCCACGCUCUCUCCCUGUCUCAUUUUCACAUCUGCAUUCAUCUGCUUUUUCAAAAAAAAAAGACCGCUUUUGCGGUGUCCAAGACCGAUUCAGCUCCUUCUGAACUCGGUCCUAGGGCUUAUGAGAAAAUGUCUCGAGUUGAGGCACUGUGGGAGAGAUUAGUCCGAGCUACACUGAGGAGGGAAAGGAUUGGUGAUGAUGCAUUUGGACGGCCCGUUGCUGGAAUUGCUGGAAACGUACCAUCUGCACUCGCCAAAAACAGAGAUAUUGAUGAGAUAUUGAGAGUUGCAGAUGAAAUUCAAGACGAAGAUCCUAAUGUCUCCAGAAUCUUAUGUGAGCAUGCUUAUUCAUUAUCUCAAAAUCUGGACCCUAACAGUGAAGGCCGAGGUGUUUUGCAAUUUAAGACUGGUUUGAUGUCUGUUAUUAAGCAAAAGUUGGCUAAGAGAGAAGUUGGAACUAUAGAUAGAAGUCAGGACAUUACAAAAUUACAAGAGUUCUACAAGCGCUAUAGGGAGAAGCAUAAUGUAGACAGGCUACAGGAGGAAGAGAAGAAAUUGCGGGAAUCUGGUGCCAUCAGUGGAAACCUUAGCGAGUUGGAGCGGAAGACAGUGUGA